AUGGAAGUGACACAACGUAACAAGGAGGUGCCAGAGCUGGUAUUUACGAGCGCUCAAGAUGCUGAGUAUGAUCACGCAUUGCCAGCAUCAGCCUUUCCGGAAAAGUGCGCUUCCACCUCGUUUAAGGAUCGAUUUUUAGCUUUAGAUUGGUGGUUGAUUUUUUACUUUGUUCUGUGGUACGGACAGAAUGCUCUUUAUGUAGUUUUCAACAAGUUGUUUUUGAACGCGGUUCCCUUGCCGUGGACGAUUAGCGCCUUCCAGCUUCUUGUCGGUUGGAUUUUUAUGUUUUUGUAUUGGGGUUGCAACAUAAGGGAACGGCCACAUUUUGACAGUUGGUUUAAGUUCUGCAAAACAUUCUUGCCGCUUUCUUUUUUGCACUUUUUCGUUCACGUGGGAUCUGUCAUUUCUAUGGGUCUUGGUGCCAUUUCUUUCACCCACGUUGUCAAAGCCCUUGAGCCAGUCAUUACGGCGGUGUUGUCUAUCAUUUUCCUGAGGGAGUUCUUGAAUGCCUACGCCUACUUAUGUUUAAUUCCCAUCGUCGCUGGUGUUUCUUUGGCAUCAUUGAAGGAGUUGGACUUUAAUUGGGCAGCGUUUCUGUUUGCCAUGCUUUCCAAUGUCACUGGAGCACUACGUUCCAUUUUGGCCAAAGUUACAAUGAAGAAUAAAGCUGAAAUUGGAGAACACCUAACGCCCAACAAUAUCUACAUGAUAUUGACAUUAAUAGCCUCUUUCGUGUCUCUUACCUUCGUUCUGGGCUUUGAGAGUCUGCACUGGGUUUCUAUUUGGAAUACUGCCACUAAGGAACUUGCUACUAAGGAGAAAAUUUUGGUGAUCGUUUACGGUGUGGCAUCCGGAAUUUUCUAUUUCAUGUCUAAUGAUAGCGCUUUUUACUGCCUCGGUCAGAUCAACCAAGUGACGUACUCUGUGGCUAACACUGCCAAGCGUGUUUUGCUGAUUAUGAUUUCUAUCGUUGUUUUCGGCACUAAGGUUUCUCCGAUGGGCUCUGUUGGAAUGGUUACAGCGGUUUUGGGUACAUUCUUGUAUUCCGUGGUGAAGUAA